AAAACUCCGGAGGAAAAAUUUCAGAGAGGAAUUGAUGCUCACCUCACCUUGAGUUCAAGAUGAAGCUGCUUCAGGAUGAUGAAACCAAACUGUCUCACCAGACUAAACCAAAUAAGUGGGAAACGAGAGCCAUCAGGUGUCCGUUUUCUAUACCCGUGCGUAACGUGAAGGAUGGCUCAAGUCUCAAGGACAUGCUGCACCACCAGGCAGUCAAGAACCAACCAUGCACAUCAAAAGUUUGUGAAGGUUCUGUCAUGACUCCGAAGGCUCUAGUGCGCGGUCCCAAAGUUUCUACUCUUGAAAUCCUACCUCAGGCUAUUGACCUAAUCAACCAAUACUACAAGUCCUUCAAAAUCCCCAAAAUUGAACACCACCUCGCCAGAUUGGAGGAAAUUACUAUGGAGAUAGAUUCCACAGGAACCUAUCAAUUGACUGUUGAGGAAUUAGCGUUUGGUGCUCGGCAAGCAUGGAGGAACGCCCCAAGAUGCAUCGGCAGGAUUCAGUGGUCCAAUUUACAACUGUUUGAUGCCAGAAAGUGCAAGACUACUCAGGAAAUGUUCCAGUUUCUGUGCGAACACUUACAGUUUGCCACAAAUGGAGGAAACCUAAGGUCUGCGAUUACCGUCUUUCCUCCGAGAAAGGAAGACGGGCAUGAUUUCCGGGUGUGGAACAGCCAGUUGUUGAAGUAUGCAGGUUACCAGAUGCCUGAUGGCAGUAUCCAGGGAGACCCAUCCAGUGUAGAAUUCACUACGAUCUGUAUCCAGCUUGGAUGGAAACCUCCAUACGGCCUCUUCGAUGUGUUGCCACUAGUCCUGCAGGUCAACGGGGAGGACCCAGACCUUUAUGAAAUCCCUCCACACCUGAUCCUGGAGGUUUCCAUGGAACACCCCCAGCAUAAGUGGUUCCAAGACCUAGGACUGAAGUGGUAUGCUCUGCCUGCGGUGUCCAACAUGCUGAUGGAGAUUGGUGGACUUGAAUUCCCAGCCUGUCCCUUUAAUGGCUGGUACAUGGGCACUGAGAUUGGCGUGAGGGAUUUCUGUGACUAUCAGCGUUAUAACAUCUUGGAGGAAGUGGGUCGCAGGAUGGGCCUGGAGACACACAAGCUGUCCUCACUGUGGAAGGACCAGGCCUUGGUGACCAUCAAUGUUGCAGUCAUAUACAGUUUCCAGAAAAACAAGGUAACCAUCACAGACCACCACUCUGCAGCCGAGUCCUUCAUGAAGCACUUGGAGACAGAGUUCCGGCUGCGCGGCGGCUGCCCUGCAGACUGGGCCUGGCUGGUUCCUCCCAUGUCUGGCUCUCUCACCCCCAUCUUCCACCAGGAGAUGGUCAACUACAUCCUCUCUCCCUUCUUCUACUACCAGCCUGACCCCUGGAUGACCCAUGUCUGGAGAAAUGGAGAGAUGUGCCUGAAGAAGCAACAGAUCAGCUUCAAAGCGGUGGCCAGGGCGGCGCUCUUUACUUCCACCCUCAUGAGCAGAGUGCUGGCUAAAAGGGUGCGUUGCACUGUUCUGUACGCUACUGAAACAGGGAAAUCACAGACAUUGGCCCAGAGACUGAACUCCAUGCUAAACGGUGCCUUCAACUCCAGGUUGCUCUGUAUGGAGGACUAUAACUUCAAUGACAUGGAACAGGAGAGCCUUCUGGUUGUGGUAGCUAGCACCUUUGGGAAUGGAGACUCCCCUGGAAAUGGAGAGAGUUUUAAGAAACAGCUUUUCUCCUUGCAGUAUCUCAGGAACAAGUUAAGGUACUGUGUGUUUGGGCUGGGCUCGAGGAUGUACCCACAGUUCUGUGCAUUCGCCCAUGCUGUGGAUGCCAAGCUGGAGGAGCUGGGGGCAGAGCGGGUGACGCCCACUGGAGAGGGGGAUGAACUGAAUGGACAGGAGGAGUCCUUCUCUGCCUGGGCUCUCACCGCUCUCAAGGAUGCUUAUAAGGAGUUCAACAUCCAGGGACAGCUGAGUCUGCAGCUCCCUGGGGCAGAGCGAUUCUGCGAGGCCUGGGACCCACUGAGACACCGCGUAGCAGUGGAGAGCUGCCCCCAGGACCGCAUCACAGCACUUUCAGCCAUUCACUCUAAAACUGUCUUCCCUAUGAAACUGAAGAGCAAACAUAAUCUACAGAGCCCCCAUUCAAGCCGGUCCACCAUUUUGGUGGAGUUGGAGAGGGAGAGAAGUGCAGAGGUCAUGAACUUUGCUCCAGGAGACCAUGUUGGUGUUUUCCCAGGGAAUCUCCCUCAACUGGUGGCUGGCAUCCUAAAGUUCCUUCCCGAUACGCCCCCAACAAACCAGUGCCUACGACUGGAAUACCGUUCUGACACCUGCCGAGAUGAUGAGAAAAACUGGCAGACUGUUGGACGCAUCCCAGCAUGCCCUUUGUCUCAGGCACUCACCUACUUCCUGGAUGUGACCACGCCCCCCUCUCAGAACCUCCUCCACAAGCUCUCUCAGUUGGCAAAACAGGAAGAGCACCGACAGCGUCUACUGACCUUGGCAAAGGACUCUAAGGAGUACACGACCUGGAAGAUGUUCCGUGUUCCCAACUUCCUGGAAGUCCUGGAGGAGUUCCCGUCUUUAGAACCCUCUGCAGCCUUCCUCCUCAGCCAGCUGCCUCUGCUCAAGCCCCGCCUCUACUCCAUCAGCUCCUCCCCUCAGCUCCACCCCAACGAACUCCAUCUCACUCUGACAGUGCUGAACUAUCACACACAAGAUGGACAGGGUCCUCUUCACCACGGGGUCUGCAGCACCUGGCUGGAUACCAUUAAGAAAGGAGACCUGGUACCAUGUUUUAUCUACAGUUCAGGUGGGUUCCACCUCCCAGCAGAGCCCAGCACUCCAGUCAUUCUGGUGGGGGCUGGCAGUGGCAUCGCGCCCUUCCGAAGCUUCUGGCAACAACGGCUACAUGACAUGAAACACCCAGAGUUCUCUGGAAGUCCUAUGAGCCUGGUGUUUGGCUGCCAGAGUUCAGAGACCGACCAUUUAUACAAAGAGGAGACACUGGAGAUGAGAAGGAGAGGGGUCCUGAAGAGUGUUACCAACGCAUAUUCCCGCCAGCCAGGUCUCCCAAAGGUCUAUGUCCAGGAUGUCCUGAGGGAGAGGAUGGCAGAGGAGGUGCUGAGUGUGUUGCACCAGAAGGAGGGUCACUUCUAUGUGUGUGGGGGUGUGAACAUGGCCCAGGGAGUUACUCUAGCAGUACAGGAGAUUCUGAGCAGCCAGCUUGGCAUCACCCUCACCCAGGCAGGAGAAUACCUGACCCAACUAAAGAUCCAGAAGAGGUACCAUGAGGACAUUUUCGGAGCCCAGUUUCAGAAGUGAGGUGGUCGGGUUCUGCUGGCUUCUGGGAAUAAACUCAAUGGACGGAGCAAGAUCUAGACAUAACAUGGAUUUUUUGCUAUUCUUGUGAUGCCCUGUUUUUGUUUUUGGUGAUAGCUUAGGAUUGUCACUUUGGAAAAUGUUUGUAGCUGUUGGUGGUCCCAAGCAUACCACCUAGCCAUCCUUUGGCCCUCUGCCUGAAAAAUGUCACUUUAAGUAUAUUUCAAAGAGAUGAUUAUAACAUUUAUAUUCACAUGAUGAUAUUAAAGAUUGAUUACAGAUGUAUAGGUUUUAAGUCUAUGUAGUGUUUGUACAAUAUAACGGAAUGUGGGAUUGUUGAAUCUGUAUUAUGAAAAUGUUUAAUAUGCUUGUAAUCAGAAUGUGUUUUACAUGUUGUGAACAUUAAUUUAAAAAAAAAUCACAUUACAAAAUCAUUGUAGUCAGAGGUGAUUUUAGCAUGCACUUUUCCACAUUUUGUUACUGUUAUGGGAUUUUUAUGAAUAAUGACUAAAUUAUGUAUACGUUUAGCUUAGAAUUAUAACUAAACAGAAUACUACUCUGUUACUGUAUGAAUGUAUGCAUCUUAUUAUAAUCAUAAUACUGAAAAUAAGGUGUAGUUUUAGUCAAGAAUUAGAACAAGGAUUUUCUAUUCCUUGUUAGAAACUAAUGGAGCUAUCGUCAGACGGGCUGGAAUACUGUGUUCCUUACAGGACAUUCUGUCCUUACCCAGGGAGGGGAGAGACCUUGGGCUUGUAGUAGAUUGUUUAACAGGUGGCAGACAAUGUGAGAAGGCUUGUGAACUAUAUUGCCAUUGUAUCUGAGAGGAGGAGGGACAUUUUUGACAAAAUGUGAGGUAUAUAAACCAAUGUACAUAGUAUUAUGACCACAACAUUCCCGUGAAUAAACAUUUCACUAUUGUACUAUUGUA